GCUACGUUUACCGGAAGCGCCAAACCAGUGCAUACACAAGCCGGGAAGAUUUCAGAAGAGUGCGGAUGAUUAUUACGGCUGUUGAUAGAAAGAGGUGAAUGUUCCAAAUGGCUAUUUCAAUAGCUGUUUUAGACUGUGAUCUUCUCCUUUAUGGUCGUGGACACCGGACACUUGACAGGUUUGACAUUGAAACAGUUUCUGACGAUUUUCUCUUGGGUACCUUUGGCUUUCCGCGAGAGUUUAUCUACUAUUUGGUGGAGAUGCUAAGUGAGACUUUGUCCCGCCCAACACAGAGAUCAAGAGCAAUAAGCCCAGAGGUUCAAAUCCUUGCAGCUCUGGGUUUCUACACAUCUGGAUCAUUCCAGACCAGAAUGGGAGAUGCUAUUGGCAUUAGCCAGGCAUCGAUGAGCAGAUGUGUCACAAGUGUCACUAAAGCCUUGGUAGAGAAGGCAUCUGAGUUUAUCGUCAUGUCCAGGGAUGAGGCCACCAUUCAGCAGAUUAAGGAAGAAUUCUACCGAGUGGCUGGCAUGCCCAAUGUAUUGGGUGUGGUUGACUGUGUGCAGGUAGCAAUAAAGGCUCCCAAUGCAGAGGAUCUUUCAUACGUGAACGGGAAAGGGUUUCAUUCUAUCAGCUGCCAGCUAGUGUGUGACUCAAGAGGCCUCUUGCUGAGUGCAGAGACAAACUGGCCAGGUGGUCUGGAGGACAUGCAGGUAUUUCAACAGUCAGCACUGCUUAGAACAUUUGAGGAGGAAGAGAAGAACCAGGCCGGAUGGCUUUUAGGAGACUGCGCCUACCCUUUAAAGAAGUGGUUGAUGACGCCUGUCCAGUAUCCUGAGACACCUGCUGAGUACCGUUACAACAUUUCGCAUACUGCAACACAUGAAAUUGUGGACCGUGCUUUCCGGGCCAUUCAGACUCGAUUCCGUUGCCUUGAUGGGUCAAAGGGUUGUCUACAGUACUCUCCAGAGAAAUGUGCACAGAUCAUUUUGGCUUGCUGUGUCCUACACAAUGUUUCCUUGCAGACUGGUCUAGACGCCUGGACCUUUGCAAGGACAGAAAUCCAGGAGCAGCCAGAGGGACCAUCUAGACAGAUGGAAUCUGUGGACUCGGAGGCAUUUAGAAUUCGUCAGGAACUUAUACUUAGUCAUUUCUCUUGAAAGGAGAAGAAGAGUUGCCAUCUGUAGUGUUUCUUUAACUAAGGGAUUGUGAAUGGUGACAUCUGUUCAGGUGCAAUCCCUUCUGAAAUGGUUAGGGAUUAUUAUUGUCACGUUUGACAGAAGGUCCUUGUGCAAAUAUAAAAGCCAGUUUUGAAAAAUAAAAAAAACAAAGGCAUAGAUCAUUUUCAUGCAUGUCCCUAGUAAAAGUAUGACAUGAAGAACAUUCCUCAAUUUCUCUUCUUGUACUUGUCUCUAAAAAAAAUAGGAGUUGUCUUUAAUUUAGAUUUCACUACUAUAAUGUAUAAUGUAUGCAAAAAAGAAUAUUUUAAUAUAUUGUGUUCUAGUAUCUACAAUUGUAUGUUUCUGUUCAGACAUUAUGGGACCACCUGUAAUGCUUAUUUUUUACCAUAUUAUUUAUUUUAUAUAUGUAUAUUUAUGUAUUUUAUAUAUGUAUAUUUAAUGAUGUUAUACAGUGUACCAAGUAGAUCAUUAAUCAGAGAUGGGAAUAGCAAGAUUUUAAGAAUGACUUUCAGAUGUAAAGCUUUUUUUUUCUUUUUUUGUAAUUUUUAGAGAAUUUUUUAGCUAAUUGGCAAUUAGAUGAUCAAGUGGGGUAUUUGCUAGCUUUCUAUGCAAAUUAAACAUUUUGAUUAAAGAUA